AAUGCUACAGUCUAUUGAGUACUGAUGAGUGAAAGACCUUCGCAAAAAUCAAAAAACAAGAAGGAAGAAAUAAAGAACAGAUCAGGAAGUGAAAGUGAGAGAAAUGGUGGUUCCUCGAUGCUGUUGGGCGGACAUGAAGGGCCUCACCAUCCAAGUUUUGAAGGGGCGGAGGUUCAUGAUGUUCGCGUCUCUUUUAAUCAUGAACACGGCCGGCUUGAGCUACAUCUUCGGCCUCUACUCCAACGACAUCAAGUCCUCGCUCGGAUAUGAUCAAACCACCCUCAACUUGAUCAGCUUCUACAAGGACUUGGGAGCCAACAUCGGCAUCCUCGCCGGGCUAAUCAACGAGGUCACGCCCCCAUGGGUUGUCUUAGCCAUGGGUGCAUCUUUCAACUUUUUCGGCUACUUCAUGAUAUGGCUUAGCGUGACAAAAAGAAUCGCCAAGCCCCAUGUGUGGCAAAUGUGCUUGUACAUAUGCCUCGGCUCCAAUUCACAACCUUUCGUCAACACUGGAGGCCUCGUCACCUGCAUAAAGAACUUCCCAGAAAGCCGUGGAAUCGUUAUAGGAGUUUUGAAGGGCUAUACGGGUCUAAGCGGGGCAGUUCUUACACAGUUGUACCAUGCUUUCUACGGUGAUGACUCCAAGUCUUUGAUUUUGCUCAUAGCUUGGCUUCCGGCAGCUAUAUCACUGGCUUUUCUUCCAACCAUGCGGAUUAUGAAGGCUAGUCUUGGGCAUCCAAACGAGAUCAUCAAACUCUUCUAUAAUUUCCUCUAUAUUUCGCUCUCUCUUGCCGGGUUCUUGAUGAUCAUAAUUAUAGUAGAGAAAAGGGUGGCGUUCACAAGAGGCGAGUAUGGAGGGAGCGCCGCCGCCGUGCUUUUCUUGCUGUUCCUCCCACUCUCCGUCGUUGUUAAGGAUGAGUAUAAGCUUUGGAAGAGCAAGAAAGAAGCCAUGAAUGAUCCUCCUACUCCUACACCAUUAAAGAUUACUGCCGUGGAGCCAAACCUAACUGUUCCAACAGAGCAAGUUUCUUGUUGGAAGACUGCAUUUCAGCAGCCGGAUAGAGGGGAGGACUACACCAUUCUACAAGCACUUUUCAGCAUUGAUAUGUUAGUGAUAUUCUUCACAACAAUUUGUGGCCUCGGGGGCUCGUUAACGGCGAUAGACAACUUGGGUCAGAUAGGAAAAUCCUUAGGAUACCCGAAGCAGAGUAUAAGCACUUUUGUGUCACUAGUAAGCAUUUGGAACUACCUCGGACGCGUUGUCGCAGGUAUUACCUCGGAAAUUUUCAUAACAAAGUACAAAUUCCCUCGCCCCCUCAUGCUCACUCUGAUCCUCCUUUUAUCAUGCGCCGGUCACCUCCUAAUCGCGUUCAAUGUCCCAAGCGGCGUCUAUGUGGCAUCGGUGAUUAUUGGGUUUUGUUUUGGCGCACAAUGGCCGUUGCUCUUCGCAAUUAUUUCUGAACUUUUUGGGCUUAAGUACUACUCUACACUGUUCAAUUUCGCGGCAGUGGCUAGCCCGAUUGGGUCUUAUUUGCUCAACGUGAGGGUCGCGGGGCAUUUAUAUGACAAGGAGGCUGAGAAGCAAUUGGCAGCUUUGGGGCUCCAGAGGAGGGCUGGGGAGGACCUAAACUGUACAGGGGUUGAGUGCUUCAAAAUGUCUUUCAUUAUCGUCACUGCUGUGACCUUCUUUGGCGCACUUGUUUCACUCAUUUUGGUGUUUAGGACAGGGAAGUUUUAUAAGAGUGACAUAUAUAAGAAGUUCCGAGAGGAUCAUGCGAAUUUGGCCCUCACUGAAACAGGGAUGUCUGGAAAUGGUGUCCGAAAGGCUGAGGCACAAGGUAACUAGCAAUGAAGAAGAAAUGUGGGAUCGAUAGCCAUUGAUUUUUAUGCCUUUAUGGCUGAUUAUGGAACUUUAUUUGUAGGCACCCUCAAUUUUUUUUUGCUAAAUUGUGUGUAUUUGUUUUAUAAGAUUCCUGGUCUUUUUCUUUUUCCAUAUGAGUUAAUAACAUUAUCUCUCUUUCAUACCCAAUUUUACCAUGCAUCAGAUAUAUAUUGAUGCUAGCUAG